GUGACCGGAGCCCCCAGUUCAACAUGGCGGCCUCCAUGGGUGACCGGCUUCUCUUAUUUACGCUCCUCUGGAAGGUGUCUGACGGCUUCAGUCGGGGGGCCUCCCUGGACGACGACUUGCUGCUGCCCUACCCUUCCCUGCGCGCGCGCUCAGCCCGGGACUGCGCCAGGGUGCGUGUCGGCGGCCGCGAGCACGAGAGCUGGCAGCCCUCCCCGGCGACCCCCGGCGCCCGCGGCCUUUCGGUGCGCACUUUCGUUUCGCAUUUCGCGGGCCGCGCCGUGACUGGCCACUUGACGCGGGCCGCUGAGCCCCUGCGCAGCUUCUCCGUGCUGGAGCCGGGUGGGCCCGGCGGCUGCGCGUCCAGGCGCCGCGCCACCGUGGAAGAGACUGUGCGGGAGGCCGGCUGCAGUGUCGCCCAGAACGGCGGCUUUUUCCGCAUGGACACCGGGGAGUGCCUGGGGAACGUGGUGAGCGCCGGGCGGCGGGUGAGCAGCGCCGGGGGGCUACAGAACGCGCAGUUCGGGAUCCGCCGCGACGGGACCUUGGUCACCGGGUAUCUGUCUGAAGAGGAGGUGCUGAGCACUGAGAAUCCAUUUGUGGAGCUGCUGAGUGGGGUCGUGUGGCUAAUACGAAAUGGAAGCAUCUACAUCAAUGAGAGCCAGGCGGCUGAGUGCGAAGAGACACAGGAGACAGGUUCCUUCAGCAAAUUUGUGAAUGUGAUAUCAGCCAGGACAGCCGUGGGCCAUGACCGGAAGGGGCAGCUGGUGCUCUUCCAUGCAGAUGGGCAAACAGAACAGCGGGGCAUCAACCUGUGGGAGAUGGCGGAGUUCCUGCUGAAACAGGAUGUGGUCAACGCCAUCAACCUGGAUGGAGGGGGCUCCGCGACCUUCGUGCUCAAUGGGACCCUGGCCAGUUACCCGUCAGAUCACUGCCAGGACAACAUGUGGCGCUGUCCUCGAAGCGUGUCCACUGUGGUGUGUGUGCACAAGCCCCGCUGCCAGCCACCUGACUGCAGCGGCCACGGGACCUGUGUGGAGGGGCGCUGCCAGUGCACGGGGCACUUCUGGUGGGGCGCUGCCUGCGACAAGCUGGACUGUGGCCCCUCCAACUGCAGCCAGCACGGGCUGUGCACAGAGACCGGCUGCCGCUGCGAAGCUGGAUGGACAGGGUCCAACUGCAGUGAAGCUUGCAGCAAUGGCUCCUUCGGGGAGGACUGUGCCAGGAAGUGCCAGUGCCAGAAUGGAGCUACCUGUGACCCAGCUCAGGGGACCUGCACCUGUCCCCCUGGCUUCACUGGUGACAGCUGUGUACAGGAGUGUCCCCUUGGCUGGUACGGGCCAGGCUGCCAGAAGCCUUGUGAGUGUGAGCACCAAUGUCCCUGCAACCCCCAGACCGGCAACUGCAACCUCACCCAGACACCAACCCUGAACAGCAUUCUCUCCCAAGUGAAGCAGUGUCUCCAGCCAUCCGAGGUCACCCUGCAGACAAGAGAAUUCUCCCUUCUCACUGGCCCAGGCCUGGGUGCCUGGCCUGGCCCAGCCCGCUCCGCCCAGCUCCUCCGGAGGUGGACACCAGCUGUGGGUGUGAAUGGAGAGCUCCCCAGCACUGUUCCAGAGGCAGCACCUGGGACCAGGUGCCAGGUCCCUCCUGGGGAUGCCGACCCAGUGAGUCUGGUAGGGUGAGGCCUGGAGAAAACUGACAGUGUGUUUUCAGAUGCACCAGAGCAGGGGCAGGUGCUCCAGCCCCUGGCCUUAAGCUCAGGCUUCUCAGGUGUGAGACUUUGGGGACCCGCCCACCCCAGACCUGGAAUCCAUUAGCAGCCACCAGCAUGGGAAAGGGAGCCAUGGGGGCUGGUGUGUGCAGCUGCAGGCCCCGCACCAGCAGCCUGCCAGGGCUCUCUUCUCCUUGAGGGCUUCAGCUGAAGGUUCAUGGGGAGGAGGAAGGGUCACUGAAAGACAUAGCUCUGCACCCACCACUUCCUGCCGUGGAGGAAGGGAUGUCGCUUCUCCCUGCUGUGUCUGCUCUGAGGACCCUGGGACAGAGUCCAGUCUGUCUGUGGUCACCGUCCUGUGGAGCACAGGAUGCAGGCUGGUGCUUCCCAGGGCAGGAUCAGGUCAUUUGACUUGGUCUUCACAAUUUAACAUCUUUUAUUAAAAAUAUUUUAUGUAUUUAUCUUCAGAGAGAGGGAGGGAGAGAGGGAGAGAAACGUGGUUGCCUCUCACGUGCCCCCCACUGGGGACCUGGCCCACAGCCCAGGCAUGUGCCCUGACUGGGAAUGGAAUCGGUGACCCUUUGGUUUGCAGGAUCAAUCCACUGAGCCACACCAGCCUGGGCAUAAUUUAACAUUUUUAAAAGAUUAUUAACAACAUCUGAAAAUCAGUAACAUUUACAUAAAACCCUUUUGUUUUAAUGGUUUCUCUUGAAAUAUCAGGAGAUACAGCAGCACUGGCUGCGUCCCACACAGCAGCUGUUCCCACUGCUCCCCAAACACAGGUCUGGAGUUGUGCCUCAGCCCCAUAGAAAGGCUCAUUUUGUUCCUUGACAGUCACUGUGGGGUCUUUGGAGGCCCCAACCCUGUGCCCCUGUUUGGGGUAGAAGAGCAAAGUAAGAGGGAGGAAUGACCCUCCAACACAGCCACAGCCCUGAAUCUGA